AUGGCAGCGUCAUUACGCGCCGCGAGUUCCAAUGUCUCUAACCGCACAGUUCAUGUUAAAAUAUUCCCUUCUGCUAGAACAUUUGCGGAGAGAAGAGAGGUGCUGAGGGUUUUGGAGAGGUUUGGGGAGGUUACUAUGUUUAGGAGUUUGAAGCAUCACCCAAUAUCUCCUGUCCAGAACGCAUUCAUAUCCAUCUUCAGCUCCGCGACAGCGGCACAGGAAGUUAUCAAUGCAAGCCCUGUGCGAUAUCGACUGGUUGUCGAACCGGAUCCGCAAGCCUCUCCCACGGUUCCUUCUGAUGAAAGUACGUCUCCACAAAACCCAAAUGAAAAGGUCUUCUCUCUUUCUCUGAACAUUACUCGCUACACCCACGACCAAUAUAUUUCUCAUCCCCUCACCAACCCUCUUUAUGGUCCAUUCAAACCUAUUGACCCGAAGAGAUCUGGAGUCACCGCGCAUUUGAACAAAGGCUUAGAACCUAGUAUGUGGAGUAAAGGUUUGGCGGAUUGGGAUAGUGAUGCGGGGAAGAGGAGUGCAUGGAAUGACGAGGACAAUGAUGGAGGUGAAGAAGGAAAAAUCUUAAAAAAGAGGAGGAACGAUUCGUCAAGUUCGAGUGUACCUUUAAGAUUGGUUGAAAAAGAUUUGGAGGCUCGAAGGGAAAGAAGGCCGAAGGUUAUGGAGGGAUUGGCGGGGUUAGUUGGAGAGGGACAUCAGUGA